GCAGCCCGGGGAUCAAGUUACACACUCUCAGACUUUUUCUGAAAAGUGGGGGAUGGUGGAGGCUUUGCUGUACAGUUUGAUUUGAUUUUCUUACGACGUUUUAAAGCAGAAAGCGAGUUUGCUAUGCGAGAUAAAACGCUUUCUGGUCUUUUUCGCUCUUUUGCCGUUUUUGAGCCUCAGAGGGAACAAAAGCGAUGAGCGGUGUAACAGCAGUCCAGGCGCAGGACGAGUGAAGCCCCACAAAAAAGGGACUCGGACUGCACGGAAAGUGGACUGCUACGUUACUAUGUGAUCGAGAAUCGGACGAACAGUCAUGUUUUGGUCUCUGUUCUGGCAAACCGUGUUACUUUUGAGCUUCGAGGCGGCUCCGUUUUCCUCCAGUGGAUAAAAAGUUUCAGAAGUUGGAGCUCCAAAAUGUCCUCCUCCCGGCGCCUCCGCUGCGCCGUUGGCCCGUUUGGGAUGCUUUGCCUUUGGGCUGCCGCCUUCGUGGGAACCCGGGCGGUCAUGCUGCACAAGAACGAGACCGUAUUCAACGAUUUUUGUAAGAAAAGCUCGACCUGCGAGGCGCUGAGGUACAAUACGUGUCUUGGCUCGCCUUUGCCGUACACGCACACGUCCCUCAUCCUCGCAGAGGACUCCCAAACUCAAGAAGAGGCUCUCGAGAAGCUGGCCAUGUGGUCUGGUCUGAGGAAUGCUCCUCGCUGCUGGGCUGUCAUUCAGCCUUUGCUGUGCGCUGUUUACAUGCCCAAAUGUGAGAACGGUAAAGUGGAACUACCCAGCCAGAAGCUGUGUCUUAGUACUCGCAAACCCUGUAGCAUAGUGGAACAGGAGCGUGGAUGGCCCAACUUCCUGAAGUGUGAGAACAAGGACAAGUUCCCUGUUGGCUGCCAGAAUGAGGUGCAGAAGCUCAAAUUCAACACUUCAGGACAAUGUGAGGCUCCUUUGGUCAAAACUGACAUCCAGGCCAGCUGGUACAAGGACGUGGAGGGCUGCGGCAUCCAGUGCAACAAUCCCCUCUUCACAGAGGAGGAACACUCAGACAUGCACAGCUACAUCGCUUACUUUGGAUCCGUCACCCUUCUUUGCACCUUCUUUACUUUGGCCACGUUUCUUGCUGACUGGAAGAAUUCCAACCGCUACCCUGCUGUUAUCCUCUUUUACGUCAAUGCCUGCUUCUUCAUAGGCAGCAUUGGAUGGCUCGCUCAGUUCAUGGACGGAGCUCGUAAAGAGAUAGUGUGCAAAAGUGACAACACUAUGCGGCUGGGAGAGCCUUCAUCCACAGAGACGCUUUCAUGCGUUAUCAUCUUCAUCAUCGUGUACUACUCCCUGAUGUCUGGGGUCAUCUGGUUUGUCAUGCUCACCUAUGCCUGGCACACAUCCUUCAAAGCCCUCGGCACUACCCAACAGCCUCUGUCUGGAAAGACGUCUUACUUCCAUCUGGUCACAUGGUCCGUCCCUUUCAUACUCACGGUGGCUAUACUGGCCAUUGCAGAGGUAGACGGAGACUCAGUCAGUGGAAUCUGCUUUGUUGGGUAUAAGAACUACAGGUACCGUGCUGGGUUUGUGCUGGCUCCUAUUGGAGUGGUACUCGUUAUCGGUGGUUAUUUCCUAAUAAGAGGUGUCAUGACAUUGUUUUCCAUCAAAAGCAACCAUCCUGGACUACUGAGUGAAAAAGCAGCAAGCAAGAUUAAUGAGACCAUGCUGAGACUCGGCAUAUUUGGCUUCCUGGCUUUUGGCUUUGUUUUCAUCACUUUUGGAUGCCAUUUCUAUGACUUUUUCAACCAGGCCGAGUGGGAAAGAAGCUUCAGGGAAUAUGUGCUGUGUGAAGCCAAUGUGACUAUAGCUCACCAGACCAACAAGCCAAUCCCGGAAUGUGCCAUCAAGAACCGGCCCAGUCUGCUGGUGGAGAAGAUCAAUCUGUUCUCUAUGUUUGGCACGGGCAUUGCCAUGAGCACCUGGGUGUGGACCAAAGCCACAGUCCUUAUUUGGAAACGCACCUGGUGCAGGAUCAUUGGACGCAGUGACGAUGAGCCAAAACGCAUCAAAAAGAGCAAGAUGAUAGCCAAAGCAUUCUCGAAGCGGAAGGAACUCCAGAAGGAUCCAGAGAAAGAGUUGUCCUUCAGCAUGCACACAGUUUCUCAUGAAGGACCUGUAGCAGGUAUUAACUUUGAGUUCAACGAGCCAUCUGCGGAGAUGUCCUCUGCUUGGGCCCAGCAUGUGACGAAGAUCGUGGCCCGAAGAGGUGCCAUCUUACCUCAGGAUAUCUCGGUCACUCCGACCGGCACACCUGUGCCGCCUCCAGAGGAGAGAAACAAACUGUGGAUGGUCGAAGCUGAGAUCUCCCCUGAGAUGAUGAAACGGAAGAAGAAAAAGAAGAAGAGGAAGAAGGAGGUUCGGCCAAUCGCGUCUGCCGAAGAGGGCAUGAAUCCCAUCCCCCGUCGCAGAGAGUUCGGCCCCAGCGCCGUACCUCGGCUUCCGAAGCUACCGGGACACCGCAGCCUUGUGGCUAACUUGUGGGACCAGCAGCGGCAACAGCACCAAGAAGAAAACGUGCUUCCAGGCUCCUUCCCAGAAUUCCGGUCUUCCUGUCCUGUUCCGUACAAUGACAGAUACGGAGGGCUGGGCUACCUUCCAUCCAGCCAGCUCAACGGGGAGCCCAGCUUUAACCUUGCAAACCACCUGACGUCUAAGGAUAGCCAGCGUGAGGGUCGAGGGCAGUUCCAGUCAUCAGCCUGGCUAUCUAACGGGGCAUUUUGCCAUUCUGGCCAAGAGAUGUUCUCACCAGUGGCUGGUGGCAGGACAGCCCUCACAUCUCGGUCAGAUGGCAGACGGCCAGUGAUUGCGCCGAUCCACUCUAGAACCAACCUAAUGGAGGCAGAGCUGAUGGACGCGGACUCUGAUUUUUGACCUUUCUAAGUCACUGGUCUUGUGGUGCUCUGCAGACUCAAAAAGUGCUGGAUACUUUGUGCACCACACAUUUCGUUGUUUGUUGAAAGGUGCAGGGCAGUGGUUCCCAAACCUUUUAUAGUGCGGUAACCCCUCAGACAUUAACCCUCCAGCCGCGCACCCCCCUCACUCCUUAGACACACUCGUGCAUAUUGCCCUGAUGCAUCAGCCUGUAAAGUCAGUCCCUCUCAAUAUAUCUAACAUGCCUACGAGGCAGUGACAACACACCCGACGUACUGAGUAGCACUGAAUAAGUAAAUAAUGCUAGGGAUGCUUGUAAGGCAUGUGUUAUAGGUGUGGUUCACUCUGGAGUGCUGGUCACAGUGCAGGGAUGAGGAAGAUCAGUGAACUUUCUUCGGCAGCAGCACAGGCAGGGGUCACUCUACGGGAAGUCUGCAGCUGUAAAAUGAACACUGAAAGACAUUCAUAAACGUGGCUACAGAUCACAUACAGCACAGUAACAUCAUCCACUCAUCGUUUAAUAGCACUGUGGAUAUGUAAACAAAAUGCUAAUUGCUAAUCUCUAAUCCCCGCAGACUACAAACUAAUAACUUACUACAGCUGCAAACUAAACCUGUAAAAGUGAAACUAACUAGAGUACACAACUAACAAAGGGUAUACAUGCCUCUUAUACAUUUAAAGCUACACUAUGUCAGCUUUGGGGCUUUGGAGACCUCUCUGGUGGAAAUGUGUAAUUGCACACAAUGCCUGGAAGAACAUUUUGUAGUGUUGUGCUUCAGACCCCUUCCCCGAGUGGAUGAAUCUGAUGAUUGCGAGUGUUGUGAAAGAGAAUUCAAAGAGAACUGAGUAAAUCUUGGUGAUGGACGUGUGAAUUAUCUAUUAUUGUUAUCAUACCUUCAUCAGUAUAAUGCUGAUUUUGAAUUAAGACCUAAACAUUGAGUCGGACCCUUUUUUUGAGCCUGUGUGUGAGACUUUGUGACAUAAAGGCCUCUGACAUGGUCCAAAAAACUUGCCAAAUCCUCUGACUUUUAAAUAAUUAUUUGAGGCUUUAUAGGGUGAAUCACAGCAGUGCACACUCACCAUAUUUUAGCCUGGUCUUUAAAUUUUAACAAACAAUUGCACAUAGUACAGCUUUAACAGCGCCAUGGAUACGCAAACAAAAUGACUAACUGCUAACUAAGGCUACGUUCACACAGCGGGUAAAAGUGGCCCAAAUCUGAUUUCAUCCAGAGGUAAACAAUCAUGACUGCCAAUGAGCCCCAGUCGCUCCUGGAGGGUCCAGUUUCACCCUCGCCAGCGUCACAGGAGCCAUCACUGACCGACAGCUGAGCUCAUCACCUAGAAUGUGUUUGAGCUCGCAGUAAAAAGGCCGCGGUCACUUCUUUUGUUCGUGUCCUCGGAUUCUUUAAACUUUCAGCUUUCAGACUUUUGAUGUUUGUUUGACGCUGCAGCCUCGUCCUCCUACGGCCAUUUCUUUCGAGAUCUAUUCAAACACAGAACGGUUUGGUCUUCUACCUUUUGUACAGAAACAUCAGCCCAAAUGUUUACGAGGUCUCAGCAGCGUGAAAUUAUGAAGAAUGUGGAGCUGGAUUGACAUAAAAGUAGCAUGAAUCUGAUCUGGCUGUUCAG